GUAGCGCCCGGUAUUCUAGCCGCUCACUGAAAAGUCCAUCGGUUUCGAGGAAGAAAUCGAUUGAUUGAUUUUUCCAUUGUUUUGGAAGUCGGUUUGAGGUCCGUGUCAGCUGUCGUGGCGUGACGUGACGACUACUAACCGCCGGCAAAGGGAAAGGACAAAUUUAGUCCGCCCGAACGUGUAAACAACGUAAACACUUACUUGGCACUGUUAUUGUUUGAAACAGGUUAAGGACGAACUCCCAACGACCGGAAUGGCGUUGGACCACCAGAAGCAGCACAUGACUGACACGGAGCUCGAGCAGGAGCACCAGCAGCAGCAACAGGAACAGGAGACACCUUCAAUGCGGACGGAACCGAUGGUGGUUGAGUCACCGAAGCCACGGUUGCUGUCCUCGCUCUAUCACUUCCUGGUGAUAGUCAGCUUCUUUCUGAUCGGUUUCGCCGCGUUCCGCAAUACCCUGACCUGGCAUCUGCAGCGAUUUUGGGGCGCAUCCGGAGACUUUUGGCAGUCGCAGUGGGACCGCUUCAUCGACUUCACCGGUGACGAUCCGGCCCGGCUCUGGGUGCACACGACGACGCUCUUCACGAUGUGCGUGUACUGGUGCGUCGGCGGUAUCUACACGCUGUUCGAUCUGACGGGCUGGCCGGCCACGAUCCGGCGCUACAAGAUGCAACCGGGCACGAACGAACCGGUCGACCGUGGCCGGUUGCUGCGCGUCAUCGGCACCGUCCUGCUCAACCAGACCGCCGUCGGUGUACCGAUGGCGUACUGCAUGUACCGGGCGAUGUGUGUACGCGGGUUGCGCGAACUGCGCGAGCUGCCCACCUUCCACUGGGUGCUGGCCGAGCUGUCGUUCUGCAUUUUCGUCGAGGAGAUUGGCUUCUACUACGCGCACCGGUUGCUGCACCACGGGCGCCUCUAUCGCUUCAUCCACAAGCGGCACCACGAGUGGACGGCCCCGAUCGCGAUCACCGCCAUCUACUGCCAUCCGGUCGAGCACGUGUUCAGCAACCUGCUGCCACCGUUCGUCGGUAUCUUUCUGCUCGGCAGCCACGUCGCCGUCGCCUGGCUCUGGUUUACGCUCGUCAUCCUUUCCACGCUCAACGCCCACUCCGGUUACCAUCUGCCCUUCUUUCCCAGCCCGGAGGCGCACGAUUUCCAUCAUCUCAAGUUCAACCAGUGCUACGGGGUGCUGGGGGUGCUGGAUCGGAUACACGGUACGGAUGCCCUGUUCCGCAGCACCAAGGCCUACGCCCGCCACAUCAUGAUGCUGAGCUUCAUACCGGCCCGCGAAGCGUUCCCCGAAUCGGCCAAGAAGGCGGCGCUUUGAAUCGACCGCUCGGUCGGUCGACGAUAAAUCGGCCGCGAUGAACCGCGAUGAUUACCUAGCCCAGCCCGUAGGUUGAUUACAUAUACAAACACACACACCCACACCACCGUCGGUCGGCGCGGCUCGGAAGCAGGGAAAAUGGAGGCAAAACCAAGGAACAGGAUGUUCGGCAUUGGAAUAAGGCGCAGCAGCAGCAGCAAAAGGCAGAAGUUGCCGGCUACUUACACCAAUACAAAAAGAAAGGAACGAAAACCGUUGGACUGAUGGGGGUUUUGCUGGUAUCUUAACGCAGUUCACACCUCUACAGAUGUAACCCCCCCCCUCCCCCCCAACACACUCCCUCGCUCCUGCACGGUGCGCGAGCUGCCGUUUUGGGGCCGUUAGCGAUCAAGCACACACUUUGACAGCAUGCAGAGGCGGACCACAGUUUUGCAACUCUAGUAGCACUAACACUAGCAGCGCACAACGUGU